GACAUCCAACAAUGUAGCAAUCAAGAAAUAAAGUAGAACAAACUAUGACCUCGGGGUAUAUGCUGAGAAUCACUGUAAUUCGCUGGGUUCGACGCCAAACAGCCGGAUUGAGAAUGUACCCCCUAUGUCUGUUUACGCAAGCCGAAAAGGGAUCUGGAGCAUGUUGGGCAGGGGAGAGUUCUGCCCCUAAAUACACCUCAUUUUCGUACUGUGAUAUUUCAUCGAUAAACCUAAUCAGAUAUAAUGCUUUAUUAUAGUAAAU